AUGGCCCCGAACUUACAACCCCAACGCCCGCGUCUUCAAGAGCAUAGACUCUGGUCGGGUCUCUCGGCAAUUUCGAAACGAUCAUUUAGGUCCUGCACAACAUCGGCAUUUGAGGCAGACGACGAGCGAUCUUCAACCGACGGCGACAUGAGCUCUCGCAAUAGCGAAGCUGACUUUCGCCGGCGGGUGAUACCGAGCCACGCGGGCCAUGAUUCACGUCCGACGAGUCGAAAGGAGCUUCUCGGAUGGUACGCAUACGCGUUUGCAGCCGAGACAUACGUGAUCUGUGGAAUUGGCUCCUUCAUCCCCAUCCUGCUCGAGACGCUCGCCCGAGAGAAUGGCGUGCUGCUCUCUGACCGAAAGACACCAUGCGGCUCAAGCUAUAGCAAGGACAAGGAUGACGGCCAAUGCAUUGUCUGGGUGCUGGGCAUGGAGAUCAAUACUGCCAGUUUCGCCAUGUACACCUUUUCCGUGAGCGUCCUGAUUCAAGCACUGCUUGUCGUCAGUAUCAGCUGCGCCGCCGACCAUGGCAAUUAUCGGAAGAAGCUCCUCCUCAGUUUUGCAUGGAUCGGCAGCUUUGCGGUGAUGGCUUACAUCUUCAUCACCAAGGAAAACUAUAUCAUGGGCGCUCUCUUGACCAUCAUCUCCAACACAUCAUUCGGCGCCUCAUUCGUGCUGCUCAACUCAUUCCUCCCGCUCUUGGUGCGAUAUCAUCCUGAGGUGAUCGAGGCCAACGUUGCCAGCACUCCCGACCUGGGCCAAUCUGACUACGAGUCUCGCCAACUGCAAGAAUCUGUGGAUGAAUUGGAAGCUUCAAUGGUGACAACAACUUCACCUUUGCUGCCGGAGGACGGCGAGCGGCUAAAGCCGACUGCAAGCCAUGCAGAGAUCACAUCAAAAGAGCUCCAGCUCUCCACGCGCAUAUCGGCCAUUGGAAUUGGCACUGGAUAUAUCGCUGCUCUAUUCUUGCAGUGCAUAGCCAUUGGCGUCCUCAUCGCGCUGCACAACUCCACCUGGGGCCAGAGAGUCGUUCUGUUCAUGGUUGGACUCUGGUGGACCGUCUUCACGAUCCCUGCGGCCAUGUGGUUACGACCCCGACCAGGACCGCCCUUGGCCGAUGAUGGUCGAAAGGGCUUCAUGGCGGGAUUUGCAUACAUCAUUUAUGCCUGGAAAAGUCUCUUCACCACAAUCCAGCUGGCAAGGCGCCUCCUGGAUAUUGUGCUGUUUCUCGCUGGAUGGUUUCUUUUGUCGGAUGCUAUCGCGACCACGUCAUCUACUGCAAUUCUAUUUGCCAAGACCCAACUCCACAUGCGGCCGUGGGCACUCGGGAUGAUAAAUGUCAUUUCAACACUGGCAGGGGUGUUCGGCGCUUUCGGGUGGUCCUGGAUUUCGCGGCUCUUUAAUCUUCAGGCCCAUCAGACCAUUCUCGUCUGCAUCGCCUUGUUUGAGUUGAUUCCCAUAUAUGGACUGAUGGGAUAUCUCCCGUUCGUCAAGAACUGGGGUGUCUUUGGCCUGCAGCAACCAUGGGAGAUGUAUCCCCUGGCCGCCGUUUAUGGGUUUGUUCUCGGUGGUCUCAGCGGAUACUGCCGGUCUCUGUACGGUGAACUCAUCCCGCCAGGAUCCGAGGCAGCAUUUUAUGCGCUGUAUGCCAUCACGGACAAGGGCUCGAGCGUGUUCGGACCAACGAUUGUCGGUGCCAUUAUCGACAAGACUGGGACAAUCCGACCUGCAUUCUGGUUUCUUGCAGCCCUGGUCGGGUUGCCGGCGCCACUCAUCUGGUUCAUCAACGUUGAGCGAGGCAAGCGAGAGGGCGCUAAGUUGGCCGAAACCAUCGAGGGCUUUCCAAGUCAGGAAGAUGAUGAAGACGACCCCGAGCCUGAGAGCCGGGGAAUGCUGGCAGAGUAUGAGAGAGAACAAGAGGAGGGGGCUGUUAAUGGACGAGCAGCGAACUAA